GGCUAAACUACGUUUCCCAGAAUGCCGCGCUUUCCAGCGCUUCCGCCUGGGUUGUGUAGCGUUUAGGCCUUAGCAGUAGACGCAGCAACAGUAGUAGGAAGAUGGAUGCGGAUAGUGACUGGCGAAGCGCGCCCUUCAGGCAGAAGCUGGUCAGCCAGAUAGAUGAAGCUAUGAGGAAAGCUGGUGUUGCCCACACCAAGUCAAGCAAGGAGAUGGAGAGCCACGUGUUCUUGAAAGCAAAGACCCGUGAGGAAUACCUUUCUUUGGUUGCUCGUCUCAUCAUUCAUUUUCGAGACAUCCAUAACAAGAAAACCCAGCCAGCUGUUAAUGAUCCAAUGAAUGCUCUACAGAAUUUAACAGGCACUGCUGUAGUUGGUGGGCAAGGAUUGGGCUUGGGGGUCCGUCCUCAAGGAGCUCAGAUGGGAGGCAUGGGUGGCAUGGCACAGAUGGCACAGCAAAUGAACCUGCCUGGCCAGCCACAACCUGGAGCAUCAGGGAUGGCACCACAUGGAAUAACUGGUGUAGCUGCAGGGAACCAAGCCACCCAGUUACAGCUGCAGCAAAUUGCACAACACCAGCAGCAGCAGUUUCAGCAACAGCAGCAGCAGCAGCAGCAGGCAGCUCUACAGCAUCAACAACAACAGUUCCAAGUGGCACAGCAGCAGCAGCAGCAGUUUCAGGUGGCGGCUGUUGCUGCAGCCCAGCAGCAGCAGCAGCAGCAACAACAACAACAACAACAACAGGUGCAACAGCAACAACAACUCCAGGCAGCAGCGCAGCAGCAACACAUACUAAAACUUCAACUACAGCAGCAGCAAAAUCAGCAGCAGCAAUUACAACAGCAGCAGCAGCAACAGCUCCAGAGAAUAGCACAUCUACAACAGAUGCAACAAAUGCAGCAGCAACAGCAGCAGCAGCAACAGCAACCACCGCCACAGCAAGUGAUGCAGCUGCAACAAAUGCAACAGCAACAGGUGGCUCAAAGUCAACAGCAGCAGCUGCUUUCCACGCAGCCACAGGCGGCAUCUCUCGUAGCCCAAGGACAGAUUCCUUCUCAAGUUAUGCCUGUAACUCUAACACCUCAGCAGCAGCAACAGUUAAAGAUAUUGCAGCAGGUAAGAGCACAGCACCAGGCUCAACAGCAAGCUCAGCAACAGGCACAACAACAGGCGCAGCAGCAGGCACAGCAGCAGGCACAGCAGCAGGCUCAACAAGUGGCUCAGCAGCAAGCUCAGCAAGCGGCUCAGCAGGCACAACAGCAGGCUCAGCAGGCAGCUCAGCAGCAAGCAGCUCAAGCCCACUUAGCAGCAGGGCAGAUGAUCUCCGCACCUAUGGCUCGCGGUGGGAUGCCAGUAAGACCACGCUUCCCGCCAUCCACUGUUCCUGCCAAUCCUACAAGCACCGUCCCUUUGGGAGAACAGCAGAUCCCACAGGUCUCUCAGAACAGCAUCCCUGUAAUGUCCUCACCAUCCCCUGUGCAGCAGGUGCAAACUCCACAGUCUAUGCCUCCUCCUCCACAACCAUCCCCUCAACCAUCACAACCAAUGUCCCAACCCAACUCUAAUGUCAGUUCUGGCCCAGCUCCAUCACCCAGCAGCUUCAUGCCCAGUCCAUCUCCUCAGCCUUCCCAGAGUCCAGCAUCAGCACGCACUCCUCAGAACUUUAGUGUUCCCUCACCAGGACCCCUUAAUACUCCAGGAAACCCAAAUUCUGUUAUGAGUCCUGCAAGCACCAACCAAUCAGAAGAACAACAGUAUCUGGAUAAACUGAAGCAGCUUUCAAAGUACAUAGAGCCACUGAGACGAAUGAUCAAUAAGAUUGACAAAAAUGAAGAGAGAAAGAAAGAUUUAAGCAAGAUGAAGAGUCUCCUGGAUAUACUGACGGAUCCAAACAAGAGGUGCCCCCUGAAAACCUUGCAGAAAUGCGAGAUAGCCCUGGAGAAGCUUAAAAAUGACAUGGCUGUGCCAACACCUCCCCCACCAACAGUCCCAUCUACAAAACAACAGUACCUGUGCCAACCACUGCUGGAUGCUGUCUUGGCAAACAUCCGCUCGCCUGUUUUCAACCACUCUCUGUACCGAACCUUUAUGCCAGCUAUGACUGCUAUUCAUGGGCAGCCUAUUACGUCUCAGUUGGUAGUGCCACGGAAGAGAAAGUUUGAAGAAGAUGAGAGGCAGAGUAUUCCCAAUGUGCUUCAGGGUGAAGUUGCCAAACUGCACUCAAAGUUCCUGGUGAAUCUGGACCCAUCUCAAUGCAGUAAUAAUGGCACCGUUUACCUUAUAUGCAAACUAGAUGAUAAGAACCUCCCGAGUGUACCCCCUUUGCAACUGAGCGUUCCUGCUGAUUAUCCAGAUCAGAGCCCUCUGUGGAUGGACAACCCACGACAAUAUGAAGCAAAUCCUUUCUUGCAAUCUGUAUAUCGCUACAUGACAUCCAAACUCCUGCAACUUCCAGACAAGCACUCACUCACAGCACUGCUGAACACUUGGGCCCAGAGCAUCAGGCAGGCCUGCCUCUCUGCUGCAUAGUCCAGUUAAUCUGCUACUCUAUGGACACUGCAUUUGUUUCCUAUUUAUCGAGGAACCUGACGCUAAGUUAAUGGCUUCUCCAGCAGGAAAAUUUGCUGAAUAUGCAUAGUAACUUGCACAGCAUUCUAUACCAUGCUGCCAAGUUGGAACGAAUGGUUUAACAUUGUAUAAUGCUCUAUAUUUCUGUAUGCAACAGUAUGCCUCUGAGCCAUGAGCUUUUCCAGUGGCAUGCCAUUGGCAUGGACUUGCAUGUGCCCUGUUAAUAAGUUAACUUGUAUUGUUAUCAAACAGAUUUUGUAUAUGGAUUUCCGUUGUUUUUGGUUGUUAUAAUAAAAGAAUGUUUUCCUGGGAA